AUGGCUAUGGAAAUGUGUGGCGCAUCAAUAUCUACAACAACCCGAUGUACCGUAUCUCCUCUGGUAAUAUCUCAUGAGGCUGCGCUUGGAGGUUCUCUACACCUCUCCCUUUCUCUCCCCUCACCACGCCCUCACCCCCAAAAACCACCACCCAACAACAACAACAACAACAACAACAAUAGCACAAAAACCGACCCCAUCAUCACCAACCAUGCCCUCCCCCUCAAUAACAGACCACCUCCCCCCCUCCUCAAAACCAUCCUCCCAACAACCAACACCACCUCCCACACCCAUCUCGCCCUCACCGCAACAGCAGCAACAGCCAUAACAGCCAUCACCGCCCUCCUCCUCCCCCGAAUCCACAACGACUACCUUACCUACCUCUCCUACGGCCCCGGCGGAACCCCCCACAAUGUCCUCGGUUGGCUCAUAGCGACCCUCGCCCGGCCCUUCGGGAGCGAAAUGCUCUCCACGGAGCCUUACGAUCGACGGAUCCUCGCCGACGGGGAAACGAAAAGCUACCUCGCAGGCAAAGAUUUGAUCAGACGGCAGGAGAGGCCUGCGAUGGGGUGGCAUGUUGUGCCGCAGCGGCAGUUGAGUGAUUUUGCUUCGGGGAAUAUCCGUGAGAAACUAAUCAACGGAUUCACCGCGCUGGCCGCUCAAAACCCCCACCUAACCAAACUAGCCCCCUCCAACCUCGAAGCCCACGCCGACGGCCUCUUCGUCGCGGACGGAGUAGUACUACCAAGCGCAAGAAAACAGCUCCUAAAGGGCGAGAUCGCGCAUAUACACCGCAUGAAGGACGCUUCCGUGCAUGUUUUGCUGGCGCCUGCUGAUUGUAAGAAGGUUUUUGAGGCUGGUUGGGGCCAGCGUCAUCCGCUUUCCGGUGUUGGUUUACCUCAGGCUUUGGGGGGAGGAGUGUUUGUUCUCCCCGCUGAGUACGUCUUUGUGUAUGCACCACGGACGGGGGAGGGAUUGGUGCUUGUCAUGGAUAUCGUCAGGGCUGGUGUGGCGUAUAUGACGAACUCGAAUGAAGUCCACUAA